AUGUUAAUACUACCUGUGCAUGGUAUUAAUUAUGUUGGAUCGUUAACUGGAAGCGAAUGUAAAGCUUAUUUCGAAUCGGACGAUGUGAACAAAAAUCUUCAAGCACUAUUCAGUUGUCCAAAAAAAUGGCGACCAAAGUCAAAGAAGCGGAUCUCUCGCUUUGAACCUCAAGAGUUCUUUCCUGCAGGCGACGAAGAUCGAAAAUAA